AUGAACGCAGCAAACCGUACCGGUAACCCAACUGGUUAUCCUUUGGGUUUAUCGGAGACGGAUUAUAAUGGUCUCCUUCAGUUGGGGUUCCUGGCGCAGGCACUCGGGCCAUAUCAUAAUACAACAAUGGCGGAAACAGUCGAUCUUCUUCUUGCAAAGGACUCGCCAGUCAACGUGACCGAACUUCUAGGCCCGGUAUUAGCGCAAGGUGGAAUGGCAUUCGGGCCGGUUCUUGCACUUCAGGCUUUAAGCCUCGUUCUAAAAGAAGUUCCGCACGACAAUGUUAGCUUUAAGAACGUUACAACCUAUAUUGUUAUGACAGCUGUUUCUGUUGCAUUUGUACUUGUUCGGUUGUAUAGCCGACAGUUUGUGACAAAGAAAAUCCGCCCCGAGGACUGGGCUAUGAUUCCGGCUAUCAUCGUAUCUGUACUACUUGGAGGUUGUUUCGCCUUGGGUUCUGAUGAGAGAGUUGGCAAGGGUACCCUUCAUCAAUGGGAUCUUACAUACGACGAGUUCAAGGGUUAUCUUCAGUGGCUUUGGGGUUGCGAACUCUUAUACCCCAUCGCUUUGUUCCUCGUUAGGAAUUCUUUGUUGAUAUUCUACUGGUCUCUGGUUCCUUCCCGCUCGUCGGCUGUUAGAGCACACCUGAUAUUCCGAAACGCCGUGAUUGCUUUCUUCUUCGUCAAUCUUGCGUGCGUCAGUGUAUCUUUGGGGACUAUCAUCUUCCAGUGCAAGCCUAUUGCCUACUGGAAUGACCCGAUCGGUGCUGAGUGCAUUGACCGGUCGGCUAGUUUUAUCGCUGGUGGUAUCCUCAUUAUUAUCACCGACGUUAUGACACUUCUUCUUCCUGUCCCUAUCAUCUGGAAACUCAAACUCCCCGUUCGCUCUAGGCUCGGGGUCAUUGGAAUAUUCUCCCUAGGUCUCUUUGCUUGCAUCGCCUCGAUUAAUCGAAUCAUUCUCGCCAGCGAAGUCACAAACUCGACGAACGGCGACGUCACAUAUACCAAUGCUAUCAAUGGAUCUGGAACCUGGAGUUUACUAGAAGUCAAUAUUGGCAUCAUUGCAUCAUGCGUUCCUGCGAUUAAAGCGCUCUUUGUCAACUCCUCAGACCGAUCCGGCACGAACCGAAGCCGAACGAACCAGUCCGGUCGGUCCGGGAGAUCUGCUGAGGGUACUGCCGGGAGUGGGAAAGGUGGAAAGCGCGAGGUUAUUGGGAAAGAUGGAGCAGUAGAGCUUACUGUUACGACUUCCGUGUCUGUGACCACAAACACGAAGACAGAUCUUGAAGCUACUAUUAUUGAAGACGACGAUGACCCGCAAUUUACCCACUACUCUCGGCCGUUUAGAGGUGAUGGUAACUAUGGCCACGACUACGAGAUAACCUACAUUGGCUCCGACAGCGAUUCAAAAUCAUUAAAAACUAGCGAACACUCGCCAUCAGAAUACAGACCAGAAUCGAGGUCUGACCCGAGAUGGAAUCCUAGACUCGAUUCAAUCCAAAGAGCACCUUCGUUCAUAUAA